AUGCAAAGAAGCCUCCAUUUAAGUCCCAAUUGCUUUCCCGUGACACAAGAACUUGCAAUGGAGACGACAACACCAUGCAACCUCCACUUUGUAUUCAUCCCCUUAAUGGCACCCGGUCACAUGCUUCCUCUUGUGGACAUGGCCAAGUUAUUGGCACGCCGUAACGUUAAGGUCACCAUAGUCACAACACCCCUCAAUGCACCCCAAUUCAGAGCCACCAUUGAAAGAGAAAUCCAAUCUGGCUCACCCAUCAAAAUUCUUCUAGUUAAAUUCCCCAAUGUUGGGGCUGGAAUACCAGAAGGGUGUGAGAACUUAGAAACUCUCCCUUCAAUGGAUCUCAGGGAGAACUUUAUGGUGGCUUUAAGCAUGCUUCAGCAGCCACUAGAGGAGCUUCUUGAAAAGCAAGAACCUUUUCCUAGUUGCAUUGUAUCCGACAAGCACAUUUCUUGUGUUUCUUAUGUGGCCAACAAGUUAAAAGUCCCUAGAAUAGUAUUUGAUGGGACUAAUUGCUUCAACCUCUUGUGCAAUUACAACUUGCAUGUUUCUAAGGUCUAUGAGAGGGUUGCUGAUUCGGAUCAAUUGGUUGUCCCCGGAUUACCCCACAUAAUUGAAAUGAAGAAAUCUCAGCUACCCGUGAUUUUUAGGCCUGGCCCAAACCCAAAGUUGAAUGCUAUACGUGAGAGAGUGUGGAUGGCUGAAGAAGAAGCAUAUGGGGUAGUAGUGAAUAGUUUUCAUGAGUUGGAAGCAGAAUAUGUUGAAGAGUAUCAAAGGGUCACAGGGUAUAAGGUAUGGUGUGUUGGUCCAGUGUCACUAUCAAAUAAGGAUGAUUUGGAUAAAGCUCAGAGAGGUAGCAAAAACUCAUAUGCUGAUGAAAUUGAAACCAAGAAAUAUGUGAAGUGGCUUGAUUCAUGGCCUGAAAAGUCAGUUAUUUAUGCCUGCCUUGGUAGUCUUAAUCGUGUAGCACCUAAGCAAUUGAUAGAAAUUGGUUUAGGAUUGGAAGCAACAAAAAGGCCUUUCAUUUGGGUGCUAAGAGGAGCAUAUAAAAGAGAUGAAAUGGAAAAGUGGCUUUUAGAUGAAGGGUUUGAAGAGAGGGUCAAAGAGAGAGGGAUUUUGAUCAAGGGUUGGGCACCACAGGUGUUGAUUUUGUCACAUAAAGCAAUAGGAGCCUUUUUCACACACUGUGGAUGGAAUUCAACGCUUGAAGCUGUUUGUGCUGGUGUGCCUUUGGUGACAUUUCCUAUGUUUUCUGAUCAGUUUUACAAUGAGAAGUUUGCUGUGCAAGUGGCUGAGAUUGGAGUGAGAGUUGGGGCUGAGUUUGCUGUGCACUUUGGUGAUGAAGAUAAGUUUGGUAAUCUUAUUCAAGUCAAUAGGGACAACGUUAAAGAGUCUAUAGAGAAGGUGAUCGGUGAAGGUGAAGACAAAGAGAAGAGAAGAGAGAGAGCUAGAAAGUUUGCGGAAAUGGCGAAGAAAGCAGUAGAAGAAGGUGGAUCUUCUCAUUGCAACAUGUCUUUGCUAAUUUAUGAUAUAAUGCGUGUCCAAUUGCUAAGUCAAAGGAAACUCACAGUGUAG